UGUGGUGAUAUAAAAAAUUUGCACCUAUCUAUUUAGUUAGUCCACUAGUUUCAUUGAUCCCAUUCGGUCUUCCUUUUCUAUUUUCUUUUAAUAGUUUGGCCUAUCAAAAACAUUGUCGGCCUAUGAAAGUGGUUUCGAUCCUUCCGGUAUGCCAGAAGUCGUUUUGAUAAAGAUCUUGUUUCCAUAUUUAUUAUUCAUGACCCGGAAAUAACCUUCUCUUUUCCUUGGGUAGUACCUCACAACAAGAUUGAAGCUAGAGAUUUGACAACAGAGAUAGGACAGGGUUCUAUACCUACCUUAGUCUCAAACAGAAAUAGGGCGCAAGCUAGGGAUAUUACCCAUUCGUUCUAAAGCUAUUUAUUUGAUUGCAGACAUUUCUGGAACACCUCUAACGGAGGGAUAAAUAGUCAACUUUGAAAGAACUUAUUGACCUUGAGUUUGCUUUUAGGUAUAAAAAUGUCAUCAGAACUCAAAAAGGUUAUUAGAGACUUUCAGAUGACUGGAUAUCUUUACUUGCUACUAAAUGACUUUUCCAAAAAAAUGAACAUUCUUUUUUUUUUUUUUUUUUUUUCGUAGAACCAUUAAAAAAAAAAAAAUUGUGCUAACAGAAAGAAUAUUUUGGGGUCAAUGAUACUACAGGGCAUAUGUCUUACUGUAGGAAAAAUUUAGUCAGAGUGACACUACAGGCGGCUGGUGCAUGUAUCUUCUCACAGGAUUUCUGCACCAGAUAAUUACACUAGUGCAUAAUGCUAUCUUGUCUACUUUGAUCAGGAAACUGUUACAAUUUUUAAAAAUGAAAGAGAAAGACUUAUCUUUUUACUUUCAAAAUCUAGUUGUAUCUUUUGACUGUCAAAAUCUAAUUGGUAAUAUCAUACUUUAUGAUCAAUUCUACUUCUCCAUUUCAACAUUCAACAGCUAUACUAGUCACCCUUGCCAUCUAAAUGUAUAAUAGUCAAAAAACAAGAAGAUGUCAUGUCAUUCAGUAAUUAAAAUACAGGAGUUCUUAUCACAAUUCACAAAGACAAUUCAGAAGCUAAGUGAAUUCUCUGCUACUGAGGAUGGCUUCAUUUUCCGCCAGCUAUACUUAUUUUCUGAACAAGAAUGUAGUGUCUUUAUCUGACUUCUCUCCCCUAUAUCAGUAUCCAAAUCAAAAUUCCACGAGAAGAUGUUCCAAGAAAAUUGUUUCUGUGAUCACACAACCAAGUGCACGAAGGCCUGCCACCACUGGCUCAGUGAAGAAUUGGAUGACUAUGACUGAGAAGUUACUGGCUAAAGCUUCUGAGAAGCUUCAUGUGGUUCCAGGUGAGAAUUUAUGGGCCAAUGUUGAUGUUUUGAUGACCAAUGAUAUUACUGGGCCUGGUGCUUUUGGAGUAUUUAAAAGAGAAUUUGGAGAAAAUGCCAAGGUCUGGGAUCGUGAAAAGGUAGUUGUCAUACCUGACCACUACAUUUUCACAGCUGAUGAACGAGCAAACCGUAAUGUGGAUACUUUGAGGGACUUCUGCAAUGAGCAAAAUAUUAAGUACUUUUAUGACAUUAAGGACCUUGGAAACUUCCAGGCUAAUCCAGAUUACAAAGGAGUGUGCCACAUUGCUCUUGCCCAAGAAGGUUACUGCAGGCCUGGAGAGGUUCUGGUAGGUACGGACUCACAUACAUGUACUGCGGGAGCAUUCGGGCAAUUUGCAUCUGGAAUCGGCAACACCGAUGCAGGUUUUCUGCUGGGUACAGGAAAGAUUUUACUCAAGGUUCCUCAAACUAUCAGAUUUGUGUUGGAUGGUGAAAUUCCCAAUUACAUUCUAGCUAAGGAUUUGAUUUUGCAAGUUAUUGGUGAAAUUUCUAUGGCUGGUGCAACAUACAAAACAAUGGAGUUUGUUGGUACUGCUGUUGAAAGUUCAACAAUGGAAGACAGAAUGACGUUAUGCAAUAUGGUUAUUGAAGCUGGUGGAAAGAAUGGUGUUAUUCCAGCUGAUAAAACAACAUAUGACUACCUUAAGGACAAGACUACUGCGCAUUAUGAACCUGUUUACAGUGAUGACCAAGCCAGAUUUCUUGUGGAAUACCAUUUUGACACCUCAAAGUUGGAGCCCUUAGUAGCAAAGCCUCAUUCUCCUGAUAAUCGUGCUUUGGCAAGAGAAUGCAAAGAUGUUAAGAUUGACAGAGUAUAUAUUGGAUCUUGUACCGGUGGAAAAACAGAGGACUUCAUGGCUGCUGCCAAAGUUCUUCUAGCAUCUGGAAAAAAGGUCAAAGUUCCAACAUUCCUUGUCCCUGCUACUCAGAAGGUCUGGAUGGAUUUAUAUACUCUCCCUGUCCCAGAAUCCGGUGGCAAAACUUGUUCACAGAUUUUCGAGGAUGCUGGCUGCGAUACACCAGCAAGUCCUAGUUGUGGUGCUUGCAUGGGUGGUCCCAGAGACACUCAUGCUCGGUUGAAUGAACCUCAGGUCUGUGUCUCGACCACAAACAGAAACUUCCCGGGACGAAUGGGACAUAUGGAAGGUCAAAUUUAUCUUGCAUCUCCAUAUACAGCUGCAGCAUCAGCAUUAACUGGUCAUGUUACUGAUCCCCGAGAGUUUCUGCAGUAACAUGCUUGAUUAUUAAUCUUAAAACGCCCUUAAGCUUGAACGUUUUGUAUGUUGUUCACUUGUUUGUAUACCUGUGAAUUUUGUGUUCCAAUGAAGUAAGAUUGACAAAAUACAGGUUUCUCUAGUUCUCUUAGCUAUAGUUACAUUUACGUACUCGUGGAAAGUGAAAAGACGUGCUGAAUUUUGUGAAUCGCUUCAUCUAAAAGAUUAAUGCCUCAAUAUAACUUCUCUAAUG